UAGCCUACGUACCGCGGAAGUCUGGUUAAAAUUCCUGAUGUAGCCGACUCAAAUUGCUAUAAUCACGUACAAUUAAUGUCCAUUCACUAUAUUUUGUGCUCCGAUGGGAAACUGUAAUAAAACAGGGUCAAAAUGCAUCGACUGUUUGACGUUAGCCAUACAGGAUAGAAGCAGUUAACAGAAGGCUAGGAGGCUAUGCUACUAUAGGUAGCCACUUGAGGGGGUUUCCCUAGGCUAGUUUGUUGGCUAAUAUAGCCUAGUCUAAUUCGUGUUGAAUGUGUUUAAAUUUGGUUGUUCGCCAUGUUUGCAUCAUGAAGUUAAUGCAUACGAACGAACGAGUUUCCAUAUUAAAGUAAAUGGGUGGGUAUGUUUUGCUUGUAAAGCUCUCGCUGGCUGGUGUUUGGGUGUUUACCUUUACCCACCAGGCAAUUUCAAUAACAAUCAUGUUAACGUGACAGUGGAUAGGCCCACUCCGACCUACUGUGCUGGAAUGAGUUGUAGCCUAAUGAAUUAAUUUAUUCAUUCAUUCAUUCAUUUUAUCCGUCACCUGGAUUUGCUGCCUUUGAAAAGGUGUAGAAACACAGGGUUAAUUUGUUAAUAUAGCCUAUAUUAUGGGGGUUAAUAUAGGGUUAGGGUUAAUAUAUAUUAUUAUUGUUAUUAUUAUUGUUACUGUUAUCGUUUGGCCUAUUAUUAUUAUUAUUAUUAUUAUUAUUAUUGAGAAUGUUCAUCUUAGGUCUCCUCCACCAACCUAACUAUGUACUUUAUACCAAUAGUUUCUCAAAUCUCAAUAGGGCUCGGGAACAAGCCUUGCAUUCUAGGAAUAGGCUAUAGCCGCCAUAUUGGUAGCGCACCGAGCGUAAUAUCCAUUCAUUCAGAUGCAGAAGACAAGCAGAAAUGUAGUAUUAGCGAUUAUUUUCCUCUUUCGAUCAUGGGUGGUGCUGUUACACCCCACUACACAGCAACAUACGACCAAGAGGGCAAAAACUAAGUAACAGGAACACACUAAUAGGCGGGAGUAAAUCCAUAGUAAUCCAUAGUAAACCAAGGAGUGAAGCUGCCAAUAUGGCUGCGCCCGCAAAGUUUUCACGUCAUGAUCCCGAGCCCUAUUGACAUUGAAAUGGAAAUUUGCUAACAUGUUUGUUUGGGUCCUACCAGUCUAUACCAAUGUACUAAUAUGAUAAUAACUGUACUUAUACGGUAGCUACGGUACAUAUUUUAUGCUUUUGCACAACAGAUACAAAUUGUUUCGUGUGGACACAUUGCUAAAAAAAAAUCCUAUCCAACCAGAUUUCCAGCUUAAUGCAUUAGCCGGUUUUGCAACUGCCAUGAUCACACACACUGGUGUGCUUGAGUGAGAGCCAGGUGUGUUUGGUGUUACUAUUACCCAUGAUUUAUGAUUAUUUACCCAUCAUAUUUUGUAAAGAUCUACAAGGGAAAUUUUGCUUUCAAAACGGCAUGCUUUGAGGACCCCCUGGAAAACAAGAUGCUUCCUCUCAAGGGGUAUACAUUUAAAUAUCUUUCUCACAAAAGCAUAGAAUCACUGUGCUCAACUAGUUGGCUAGCAUCCCCCCUCACCAACCUAUGAGCCUAUCAGUCACAUCAGUGGCAUGCCGAGGCCCUUCUCAUCUGCUGACAGAAACAGGACAUUCCUCCACUCACUGCUAUAUCCUGCUCCUCAUGACCUUUAUCAAUAGCGGAGUGAUAAAUCGGCAGAGUCAUAAGAAUGAAACUAGUGCUUAAUCCCUACGUUGUGAAUAUGACAUGUUGUUAAGAUUCACCAUUGAGAUUUUUUGUCUCUGUGAUCUUAUUCCCUCAGUUAUUGCAUGCAUGUCAUGUUGCUUCGCUGUGGCCAAAUCAGAAGGGCUGGGGUUCCAGUGUGUUGGUACCAGAGAGGGCCAUGUAGACAAGUUCCGGAUUACACCCUCGAUUGCUGCCAGCGUGGUUGAUCCAGAGCGCCACUGUAGCACCUCAUGGAGUUGCAAUAAUACUCAGUGUGCGUAUUAUGAAAAUGAUGGCCAGACAGAUACACAGUUUACUUCACCUGUUGUAAAUGGCAGCUUUGAGGCUUUGGUUGUGGCCAACGAUGUUCUGAACGUGGUCAUGUUCAGUGCAGACUGUCCUAAAAUGAAUUUUGUGGUCAUUCUGCCCUGUUCAUAUGACCGGCUGUAUACCUCUACUUCCUCUCCUUCACCAUUUCCAGAGCAUGUUCAAGGCUUCAAGUUACCCCAGAGAGAGACAAUCAUUGCGUGUGUCGUCGCUGCCAUCUUCACUGUUCUUGGUUGCUUGGCUGUUGUUUGGUGUCUGAAAAAAUCACGACGUGGCGUCCCAGAUGCACAUGACCAGGAUAUUGAUCUUCAGAACAUGGCCUCUCGAAGACAGAUUUUGUGAGGAGUAGGAUUUUGUCCAAUGAUCCUUGUGCCAGUUUUAUUUCAUUAUUUCCUUUCUGUUAGAUUACACUCAUGUAGCAACUCAUUUAUUUGCUUUUUUUCACAUAGUUUCUUUCUUGUAGCCAUUUUACAAUAAUGCUUCCUGCAACUUCCGUAUUAAUAUUUGCUCAGCUCAUACAUAACUAUUAAGGUUUUUCUUUUUAUUGUUAAUGUGAAUUGGAUUGGCUGUUUCCAAACACACAUAGACACAUAGCCAGUAUAUUCCAAAAUGGUUGAGCUGUGGAAGCUCACAACAAUCCAAAGCUGUAGAUAUGCAACAUUUGAUAGGGUUGUCUGUUUUUAGGUGAACAUUAUUUUCCAAUGUUGAGUUAGUAACAUGCAUCAUUGCUCAUUGCCAGAGUAUCUUGCGGACACAAUUCAAAUUGUGUUUUCGCGAGAACUCUGGAUUUCCAGGGUAAUUAUUUACUCCUAUUAUUUUGAACAGUUGUUAUUAACGGGCUCUUGUGAGACAAAAGGCUUUAUUCAUCAUUAAUAGAGCAGAUAACAGGCCUGCAUUUUCUCUGAUAGAAACAAUAUAAUAUAAUAUAAUAUAAUAUAAUAUAAUGUAAUAUAAUAAGGCAAUACGACAUGAGUGAAAGUGAGAUUUGAAGAAUAUUCCUGCAGCUUCGUUCCAGCCAUAGUUCUGACACCAGUACUACUACCUACUAAUUGAGUUUGAGUUGUAUAGAUGGAUGGAUCGAGAUAGAUAGACACAUUCCAGAGGGAAAUUUUGUUUAUUCAUUUGCUCAGCCAAAAAAUAUUGUAUGAUAUAUAUAGUGACUCGUAAAGAAUUAUAUUUACGAGUAUGAAACACGUGGAGUGUAGAAGUGAAAUAUAAUAUAAUAUAAUGUAAUGUAAUGUAAUGUAAUAUAAUAUAAUAUAAUAUAAUAUAAUAUAAUAUAAUAUAAUAUAUUAUAAUUAUAAUAUAAUAUAACAUAAUAUGUAAAUAGAAUAUCGCCUGUGACAUAAUGAGGUUUAAGGACCACUAGGAACAUUUCAACCAGUCGACUUGCGUAGAAAAUCGAUAGAAUAGUUGGUGGUAUCUAGCCUGGGUGUACCCAUGCUGCCUUGCACACAAUUUAAUUCACGCUGCUAAGGCAGUCUGGAAACUACCGCCCUAAUUUUUGCCUGAGAUACUGUAGGGGACCAAUCACAGAACAGGGGGAUAAACAAGACAAUGAUGAGCUAUGCACAGACGCACUUGAUAGACAGCAGCCCAAUGAACGGAUCUGGGCAUUUUUUUCAAAUAUAAGAAAAUGAACGUUUGGUUGCCAGACCACGUCGAAUUUGAGAAGUGGUAGGCGCUAGCCAGGCUAGGUGGUAUCACCACAGCGAAUCUAUUUGUCAACCAUUUUAUAAUCUAUCUCUUCUAAUAGAAGGUAUUAAGGCCUGUAAGAUGUCGAAUUAUCAUGCAUCACUUUGAUUAUGUAAAUGAGGGACAAGGUCAUUUAUUAUUAUUUUACCUCUGUGUGUGCUUACUUUUCUUACUUUAUGUGGUUGUGGUUGCCAGUGAUGCCUCUUAUGCCUAUGAAAAUACAAAUGAAUGUCUUUAGAGGAAAUUGAGGAAACUGUUUGCAAUACUAAACAUCUUGAUGGGGACAGAUGACUGCUUAAGAUUAAAUGAUCUAAUAAGGGUUCAUAUCUCUUAUUGAACAUACGGUCUGAUUUGAUUGAAUUAUUUUUAUUUUCCUUUUUCUGCAUCAUAUGUAGCCUAGUUUCUAAAUUAUGCAGUGUCUAUACAGCAUCACAUACAAGCAGACUUGUUUUUUUUAUCUGUAAUAAUGUAAACCUUUUUCUAUUUUAUAUCAUUUUAUACUUGACUUUGUAGUGUGUGAGCCUUUCUAGUUCCUCUUUCAAUAAACAAAGAUUAAAAUGUGAUGUAACAUGUGUGGGAAUAUGGGGAGGUUUCCUAAUGAAUGCUACUCCAACAGGAAGCAGGUGCCCUGGAUGCUAUUCAGGUCUCUUACCGCUUUGUUUUUUUUACCUCUUAUGAUAUUAGAGUUUAUUUUGAUCAAGGAAGAACACCUUCAUAGUUCAUGAUGCAUCUCAGUGUGUGCACUUGUAGUAUGUCCAUCAUGACAUGCA